UGCAUACGAAUGAACAUAGGUAGAUCUUUAGUUAGAAAAUGAGCUUUCUUGUCGUGGGAAAAAUAUAAUUUUCAAUAGAAUAAAUUAAACUUCAUAGCUAAUAUUUGUUAUCACAAAUCGUUAAUUAAAAUGUAUUGUGCCACUCCACGGCUGUUAAAAUUUCCUCUAAAAUCAUGUGCAUUGAGAAAAAUUUAUUCUAAUCCAUCGACAUUGUUACCAUUAACUUCGGUUUUGUACAAUAAUUCUAGUAAUUAUAGCAAUGGUAAAGCAUACUUUUAUGAUACCAAAAGACUGCACAGUAAUUCAUCUAAAUAUUUACUUUACGCUCUAGUCUUCGGAGCUGCGUCGUUGGCUUCAUAUGAAAUAUGGCUUAAGAAAGAAGUGUUCCCAUCCAUAACAGCAGCUGAAGAGAUCACAGAUUCUGAUUCUGAAAAUGAAGCUGAUUCUAAGAAGAAACGUUAUCGAAAAGAAAAGAUAGGAUUUCGGGAUAGAAAGAUAAUAGAGUAUGAAAACAGAAUGCGCCAGUAUUCCACCCCUGACAAGGUAUUUCGCUACUUUGCUACCCUUCAAGCCCAGCAUCAUGAUCAACACGAGGUGUUCAUGACUCCUGAUGACUUCCUGCGGUCUAUGACUCCUGGUGUCAAACAACCAGAUGGUUUGGGUCUUGACCAGUAUAGAAGAUAUGAUCCAAAGAACAUCGAUGAGAGCAUCAGUCAACGCCUGAACUUGGACUUGGACGAAGAUUCUAUAUUCUACAAGCUUGGCUCGUCCGGUCUGAUCACUUUCAGCGAUUACAUUUUCCUUUUGACUGUGCUUUCAACUUCCCGUCGCCAUUUUGAAAUCGCCUUUCGCAUGUUCGACCUGAACGGCGAUGGGGACGUGGACUGCGAGGAGUUUGAGAAGGUGGCCGCCUUGAUCCGGCAGCAGAGCAGCAUCGGCUCGCGGCAUAGGGACCACGCCAACACUGGCAACACUUUCAAGGGUAUAAAUUCAGCUCUAACCACAUACUUCUUCGGGCCCAAGCUGAACGAAAAGCUGACGAUUGAAAAGUUUUUAGAUUUCCAGCAGCAGCUGCAGAAAGAAAUAUUGUCUUUAGAGUUUCAGAGAAAGCAGCCAGAUGAGAAUGGCCGCAUCACAGAGGCAGACUUUGCCGAGUUACUACUGGCGUACGCCGGUUACCCGGCUAAGAAGAAGGCGAGAAUGCUCAAGCGGGUCAAGAAAACUUUCCGCGACCACGGCGUCGGCAUCACGAAGGACGACUACCUGAAGUUCUUCCACCUGCUGAACAACAUCAACGACGUGGACACGGCGCUGACGUUCUACCACAUCGCCGGCGCGUCCAUCGACCAGCCCACCAUGCGGCACGUGGCCCGCACCGUGGCCCACGUCGACCUCAACCCGCAUUUGAUCAACGUCGUCUUCACCAUCUUUGAUGAGAACAUGGACGGGCAACUAAGCAACCGGGAGUUCGUAGCGGUGAUGAAGAACCGCCUUCUCCGGGGCCUCGAGAAGCCCAAAGAUACGGGCUUCGUCAAGCUGAUGCAUUCGCUGAUCAAAUGCGCCAGGGACACCAAGCCGGCCAUAUUAGACUUCUAAUUCUGAUCUGAUUAAGCUAAUAGUUUUAUGAUCUGAUUAAGCUAAUAGUUACUUUUUAAGAACUAUUAGCUACUUACGCUUUCAACCGCUUAUUAAACUAAUUUUUCCCUAUCUCACUUUUUGAAUAUGCGACGUUGAAAGAACGAAACUUGAUGCAUGACAAAACGGGUAAACUCCUCGACGCACGGAAGUUAAAUGUCAAAAUGAUUGUACUUGCAAAAAGAUGGCGUCAAUAAAUCGCGAAAUUACAGCAGAAAAAAUACUCUGCAAUCAAACCAUAUUUUAAAAUUUUGUAAACGAAAAUGUAACAUAGUGAAAUGAUAAGUUAUUUGUUCCACUAGUUUUAAAUUUUACAAUGUUGCAAUGUCGGCUAUGAACCAAUGGAGCCUUAGCCCCAUACUAAUAUAAAAUGGCGAUUCGAUACGCGAACGCGACGUCGAAUAAAUUAUAACGUAGAAUAAAACGAACAAGCAUAAAUCAUUUACAUUUUUUAUUAAAAAACGGAAAUCACGAACUUCUUACAAAAGUAGUCGCUAACCACUUGAAAAUAAAGUUUAAAAGUGGAUCGGGAGGAGACCGGUCGAGUUCGGCCGCUUUGGCGCUGACGUUCAUUUGACAUUUCGGAAAGUUUGGUUCAUCCAAAUAUGAAGAAAACACGAGUGCCUGUGUCCGGCCUAGGAAAAGCUAAAUAUUUAUUCGCGUUAUCUUACCUUGGACCUUGUAUUUAAAUACGAUAUCCGAUAAAGAUUUUAUAAAGGGCUGGUUUACUAGUCUUUAGUGAUGAUUAAGUAAUGAUAAUUAUAAUAAGUUACAUCUUAUCUUAUACUAAUAGUAAAAUCGACUCUUAAAAAUGUCACAAAAAUAGCUGUAAUAUACUGUGCGGUUAGCAUGAAUGUUUGCGAAAACGUAAUCUUAUCGCCAUCAACAUUUAUAUACGAAAUGAACAGCACCUCUAUGGUUAAUUUUAAAACUUAUUCGCGCUUUUCAUCUCCAUACACACGUAAUAUUGUGGACGUUUUCGAUACAGUGAUUUUGAUAUAGUGCAGGUGUAUACUACGACUGAUGAUGAUUGCACUCGUAAAUAUUCGGGCUAGCCCCAGUUAUUAUUGAUAUUGAUAAAAAUCGUAUUUUUUCUAACCCCUAAUGAUUAGCUUUUGCAUGAAAUAAGAAAAACACGCUUGUUUUGUUGGCUCUCUUAAGAGCGAUAAUAAAAUGUAAGUAAAUAAAAGAUCUUCGUGAUUUAUUAUAAUGUUAAACGUUUUGUAAUAAAUCAUAAUAACCAUUUAUUUCCUAAUCCACAGUAUUUUUUAUCAAUUAUCCAAUUAUUUGGAUAUGUGUAGCGAUUUUAAUGAAACUGUUAUUUAUUCGCAAACAUAUACCCGUACUACUCGAAAGCUUGCGAAGAAUGAUGUAUUAUGAAUAUUUAAAUUAACGUUAAAACAAAAUAGCGACGUUCCUCUAAUUAAAAAAACUCCUAAUUAUUUCCCCCAAUUUAGUAUUUUCCCCUUUAUUUAAUAUUUCCACCAAUUUAAUAUUUUCCAUUCCCUUUUCAUAUUUCCUCCAAUUUAAUAUUUUGCCUUCAGUUAUUUAAUAUUUCCCCCAGAUUUAAUAUUUUCCCCCUAAUUUCAUAUAGAUACAUAUACAGUAUCACAUCUUUUAUUCCAUUUUCAUUAUUAUUAAAUAAUUUACAGGUUGGAUAAAAUUUUCCUCCUAAUCACCGCAAUUUCUAAUCACAGUAAAAUGAAGAAUUCUCUCCAUAUGUGUUUGCCCAAAACACGUAGAUCUGAAUAGGCUCUUCUCUGGCAACGUAUUACUUGUCUACAUACCUGUCGAUUUCGUAUCCAAUUUACCACUAUAUGCUUUUUAUAAUACCCUCGUAUGUUAAGUAAAUGGUUAUAGUUCAUUUAUUAGAUCGUACUCACGUAGAUCUGAACAGGCUCUUCUCUUGCAACGUAUUACUUGUGUGUACCUGUCGUAUCGAAUUUAUCAGUUUAGGUGUAUAAAAAAUAAUACACCCCUCGCAUCGCAUACAACUUUUAUAGUAAUGUCAUGCAUUUGUGAUUUUACGAUUCGAUAUCGCACUUUGAUUGCCGAGACUAAUUUAUUGUUCUAAUGCCAAUGACAUAAAUAAUGCGCGAAAUAAUUUAUCUGGCAGCGCGUUUAUAGUGAACCUUAUUUUUCAUAUGCAUUUAAUCACAAUUUUUUCUAGCUGUUACGCGCGGCUACAUAUUGUGUCGAAAAGUCUCGUUUUGAUACAAAAGAUUACUUUAAUUGUCUUUUAUUCCCAGUAGUUCCAAUCGCGAGCGACGAUAUUACGCUAUUAAUAAUAGGUAACUUUAAUUACACUAUACUUAUUCAAAAUACAUCAUAUUUCGAAAAAUAUGCAAUUACAUCAUUCUAGUUGGUUGGUUAUUUCUUAUUAUGAUUUUAUUAAAUAUUUCACGUUGGUUCAUAUUUUUAUAGGAAAGGUAAAUGAUUAUGACCAACACAAAUAUGAUAUUGUAAUGCAAAGUUCGAGAAUAAUAAUGUGAUAAGAUCUUUUAGGAAUUUAUGGAAGUAUUUCUAUAAUAAUUUUCAUUGUUGCAAUUUUUGUUACGUGAUAAACUUCUCAAUAAUUUUAAGAUGUUAUUAUAAAUUGUUUAAAUGCUAAUCGAAUUUAUAGUCAAUAUGUAUUUUAUUUGUGAAUUUUAAGUGAGAACUGAUUUUUACCCUUAUAAUUUGUUUAAAGUCAAUAAACUUACAAAGUUAAAAA